AUGAGAUUCUUGAUCCUUUCCGCUUUCGUGGCUGCUUGUUUGGCGACUGAUGGUUGGGAUGGAAUUCAGGCAGUCUCCGUCUCUGGCUUCCAAUGUCUGGCCAACAGUGGCUAUCAUUUCUUCAUUGCCCGAGUCUGGACCUCGACUGGAAACUAUGACAACACCGGAAUCCAGAAUAUCAAGAAUGCGAAAGCUGCUGGAUGGGCCUACGCUGAUGGCUACAUUUUCCCCUGUUUGAAAUCCUCGUGUGCCGCACCGGAGAGCCAGGUUGAAGCCACGGUGAACAAGCUGAAAUCCGAAGGAGCCGCCUAUGGAAUGCUUUGGCUUGAUAUUGAGCGUCUCGAGUGGCCCGCCGACACCACCCACAAUCGAAACUUUAUCAAUGCCAUGGCAAACAAGCUAAACUCUAUGGGAGUGAAUUGGGGCAUUUACACAAACUAUAACAAUUGGGCAGCGAUUGUUGGAGCCGAUUGGACACAAUGGUCGAGCAAGCCUCUCUGGUGGGCCACCUACGAUGGAAAGAAGGAUAACUCCGAUUUCAAACCUUUUGGCGGUUGGACGAAAGUCGCCAUUCAUCAAUGGGCUGGUGAUGUGAGUGGACCCUGCGGAGUCAGCAUGGAUCUCAACUACUAC